AUGGAUCCACACAACCCAGCUUACUAUGACCUAAAUUGGUGUCCCGAUCUAUCGGACGACUAUCAUCCCGAUUUAUCGGGAUGUAACUUGGGGGAUGCUCCUCCAUCCAGCGAGGAGAUGCCUUCGGCAGCCCAUAGUGCCGCCAAACCGAAGAAAGGCAGCCGGAGAAAAGAAGUCGCCCACAAGAUCCGGCAUGACAGGCAGGCGCCGGUGGCGGAGGAGAAGAGGGCGGAGGAUGAUGGAGGAAAGACUAGGACAAAGACUACAGAGGCGGGCGCCUUCACCACCUCAGCGUCGGGCGAGGAGAUCUCAUCUACCCGGCCGACUGGGAACAAGGCGGCGAAGGCGGCGGCGAGGGCGGCGAAAGCGAAGGGGAAGGAGAAGGCGGCAAGCUCCGAGCAACCAUCGGAGUACAAAGAAGCAUUGGAGCGCAACACCGCCUCCGUUCUGUACCGUGAAAGAGGAGGAGGAGAAGAAGAAGCCGAAGGAGCACCGCCCCUACCUGACGUCGGAGAUGGCGGAGGCGACGAGACCGGGGCAGAGACGACGAGGCCUGGGCGGCGGCGCUUUGCGGCGGGGGGUGAAGCAGAAGAUGGCAGAGCCGACAAGGUCGGGGGCGGCGGCGCUUCGCGGCAGGGGGCGAAGCAGGAGAUGGUGGAGGCGACGAGGCCGAGGCGGUGA